UGCUCUCGCUCGAUACUCGACAAGUUAAAACUGUGAAACAUUUCAGAAUCUUGGAAUUUUUGUUAUGAACAUUUAAUUAAAAUUAUUACACAUAAUACCCUAGUUAGUAACAAAUUAAUUUUAGAAUUUUAUAAAAAUUUAAUAGUUAAAUUAUAAAUCUAAUCCAAAAUAUCACUCACUAAUCACAAAGAUUAGCGAGAAAGUAAAAAGUAUUUUUCGGUUGUCGAGUUUUUUUCAUUUCCCAUUUGCAUGGAAGAACUGCAGAAGGAAGAACCCAAUUAGUAUAGAAUUUCUUUUGUUAUUCUUGUUACAACUUUUUAAUUAUCACUUACUGACCAAGAAAUUGUCCUUUUUUUGAAUGUCAACAUAAAAGUUUAAAUAAAAAAAGAGUAAACAACACCCCACCCACACGUUAGAUUUUUUAACUUGUGGAAAAACAAAAUCUUUAACAUGGAUCGAAGCGUGGACUCUAUUGGAAGCUGUUCACUUGAUGUUGAUGCUGAUUCUUCAGAUGUCUCAGAUACCAGUGGAAGUUUAAAUUUUGCAACUCCAUUGUCAGCAAAAGAUAUAACCAGAGAAUUUACAGCAAAAAUUAAAGAACGUUGUCAGCUAUCGCAAAAUACAACAACUUAUCUUGACCCAUUUUCCGGCCAAAUUCAUACCAUCGUUACGCCUACCGAAAACCCAGCUACAAGUCCCAGUAAAAAACCUAGCUAUUUAAACCUUGCUUGCUGUGUCAAUGGAUAUUCUAACUUGACAACUUAUGAUUCAAAAAUAAGGCAAGAUAUUAACAAAUCCCGAGAAGUGUCCCCCAUAAGACCAUCAACGAACAGUAUUCAGCAUUGUAAAAAGAAUAACUCACUGGCCCCACCAGUUUUUGUUUCUUCAUCUAUAAAAACAACACAAAAUUGCAAAAUUACAAUGACAUCAAAUCAGUAUUUAAAUGACAGCAUUGGAAGCAACGACACAGUCAAUAUGGCCGAUGUUGUUGAUGUGCAGUAUUCACCGCAACAGAGUUUUAUUCAGCAACGAGUAGAAAGGCUUUACGGCCCUGGUGCUCUUGCUCAAGUUUUCUACAGCCCCAAGAAAAUUAAAUCAAAAAAUUCCAAUAAUUUGAUUCUCAAUGAGAGAUCAACAAAUACCCAAUCCGAAUUCUGUAAAAAAUAUCAGCAGCUUUCUAAGAGUAGAUAUUUUAACCAGUGUAAUAAACCUUCAAACGAUGUAAUUGUCACCAGUAUCACACCUGCCACUGAUGUCACAGAUCACGUGGCCAAAAAUACAGUUGAUCUUCCUGUUUUGAGGCAUUUAAGUCAGGAAUUUCGGGCACAGUUGCCUUCUAUUUCACCUAAACGUUCAUAUAUCAAACAAAAUACAGCAAAUUCAAACAACAUCUCCCCCAACAGUGGUAGCAAUACAAACGACACAGAACUUCACAAUAAUGAAGUUGAACACGAAAAUAAAAGCUCUACCGAAACAUCAGCGGAAUCAUUAUUGUUAAAUUUAGAUAAAUGCAACAGCGGAGAAAUCGAUAGGCGUGAAAACACAGAGGAAAAGGAUGGAAAUCAAUUUCUUGAAAUUUUAAAACAAGAACAGAACCGAUUGUUAGAGUUGGCUCAUAGAGCUGAGAAAUAUCUGUGUUCUUUAACUAACAAUGAAGAUAUUUCAGAAGAAGUGUUUGGGCUCCUUAGGUCGGCAUCUGGUAAAGCACGCCUCUUGGUUUCACAAAAAAUGAAACAAUUUGAAGGCUUAUGUCAUAACCACAUGAAUCGAUCGCCAGAAGAUGCAUUUCCUACGACUUUAGAAGACUUACAAGGUUUUUGGGAUAUGGUCUAUCUUCAAGUGGCUCAUAUAGACUCUAUAUUCGAAGAAAUUGAAGAACUAAAGAGAAACGACUGGAAGUUGAAACCUAUAGAAGAGAAACAACCAACGAUUUUGUCCGUGAAAUCAAGUAAAGUUUCUAAACCAACUGGUCCUAAACAAAAGACUGCACUUAAUGGCUCCAAUCUCCAAAAAGUUAACAAUGGAGGCGUGAAUUCUUCAGCUGCUGCACUCAAGCGUGAAGCCCAAAGAAAGCAGUUUUUGGAGAUGAAAAGGAAGAACAAAAUGGCAUUGGGAACAGAUAAACCUCAGCCUAAUACAGCAAAUGCUAUAGAGAUUUUUGUCAACGAAAACAACAGCUGAUUGUUUUAUUUAGUUUAUUCAUUAAAAAUUAUGAUAAUCUAAAUUAUUGCUAGUCUGUUGUAAGGACACAUUUGCUUUUAAUAAUAUACCAGUAAAAUUAGGCUUCUUAACACGAAAAUUGCAACAGCACACUUUUAAUGACAAUAUAGGUAAACAAAAAAAAAUUAAUUAUAAAUAUCAAUUCGAAUUAAUGCAAUGAAGCUAGAAAAGACAUUUUUUUCUAUUAUGGAAAUUAGUUAAAAAAACGGGUUCUUUUGGGACAGUUUUCAAAAUUGAAUUCAAAUAUUAUUAGGUAACUAAAAAAAAUGGAACUAAAAAAUCUCACUACUAGACUAAAUUUAUUGUAAUUUGUUCUCUCUAUCUGUUGACUCACAUGUCACAUCACUAAUUACUGAUAUGUUGUUACGUUUUAUAUUUUGUACAAUAAAGUUAAAAUAAUUCAAUAUGUUACAUUAUAUACAUUUUGUUAACAUCAGAAAAUAAAAUCUUCCUAACCAUUUAUU